GGGGCGGUCUUUGCCGACUGCCGCAGAUAUCGAUAAGGCGUAUUUCUCCUCUGUGGAGUGUUUUAUGCCGAAGACGUGCGCUACCAACAGUAUCUUUUAGAAGCGGCUCACGUAUUUAUUUAAGCGGUGCAGUUUGUCCAGCGUGUUUGGAAGGGGAUGGGAUCUUGGGAAAUGGGCCGUGCAUAGGAAAAGCAAGAACCGUUUCUUUGCAAUUAGAUCUACACCGGAUACCGGGAAAUGAACCACGCACGAGCAGCGAGCUGGAUACCAUCUAUAUGAGGAGCUGUCAGCAUAAAUAUAUGAUAUGUUUCAUCUGAUUUGAUCCCUUGCAUUGAUAGCAUCGAUAUUCUCUAUGUAUGGCCGUUCUGUCAUCAUGCAUCUCAACAUGACAGCAACGUAUAGAAAAGGAAGGAUACCAAGCGGGAAGACCUGUGGCUAUCCAGGGGACAUUUUAUCAGGGUCAGAUGGCCUGUCUUGAAUAAGAAACAUACAAAAAUGGAGAGCUCUGGUUCAAGGAUGGUACUGAGGAGCCCGUGGCGACUGCUCGGAUGUUGUGUGCUUCUGCUUGCGGCUGCGAUGUGGGUGGGCUUCAUGGCCACGUCUGGCACACCCGUUGCAGUGGAGCUCCCAUCCAACAUGUCCAGAAGGAGCCUCAAUCAGCUUCCUACAAGAACACAUUCACCUCCUGCCUUAUCUUCAUCAUCAUCAUCAUCAUCUUCUCAUCGAUCUGAAAGAACCAGGCGUCCGGCUUAUACGCCUCCAGGUGCCAAACAUCCCUCGUCCCCUGGACACCAUGACAGUGCCUCCAGCAUAGAUCCCAACGCGUCCCUUGGUUCCGAAGGGUCGGGUAACUUAGGUGACGGGGCCCAGGGCAUCCACCUGCUAUUACGACCCCCAGACCUUCUAACACCCAGCCAGAUGCCUCCCCUCCAUGACAAUAGACCGUCGACACCAGCCCCCCCAACCCUGGUGCCCCCCGAAGACCAGUAUCCUGUCCACUCCGCGGAGGUGGACUGGGGCUCCGGAGACUACCUUGAAACUCUUACUUUCAUGGGAUCGGAAGGGGAGGAGUUCUCUCUCGUCACCACCCUUCCUACGCAUGGAUACGAUCUGUAUGAUACGGAAGAUGAUGCCACGGUCAGCUACAACACAGCUUUCCCCUCUCGCCCCGUCCUGCCCCUCUCGUCAAGAGACCUCCAGCCCAGCGUGACUGUAAAAUAUGGGACUAACUUAAGGACGGCCCUUCCUACCGAUCCCCGCCUCCCAUUGGCUCCUGACUCCGCCCAUGCGAGCGAUAUGGACGAUGAUUUGGAUUUCGAUUGGGCGGAGCUUUUUCCCAUUGAGCCAACUGAAAUGCUGCUUCCUGAUAUGAACAGUUUGGAAUACUACAACACAUUGCAAGCCAAAGAGAAUGCUAGUAUUGUGAGGAAUAGGACGCACCCUCAUAUUAACCCUACGCACACUGUGGGACUCACCCACACUCCCACUGCAACUUUGGGAAAAAUCCCAAGCGAAAUUGAUCGGAAAACUCCUCAACCUAUUCCAUCAGUAACCCCAACUCCACCUCAAAAACCAACAAAGCCUCCCAUUCCAUCAACCACCGAGACCCAACGGCCUCCUGAAGGCCCAGAUAAGGGUGUUCCUUCCAUACCCACGUCCCAUGUGGGCAAAACCCGACCACCAGUGCCAACCGCCCUGCCUCCACCCGGCACCUUAGAGGGUCCAGUAAUACAAGCUGUUACGCUGAAGCCCCCUGCUACCAAACCCCGUAUGACCACCAUCAAAACCACCACCAGAACUACAACUACAACCAAGGCUACCAUGAGCACCACCAGCCUCUCCACCAAAAGCCCACCGCCUACAACCCCCAGAAUUACUCUGUCCAUUGCACCCCGACAGUACGUCUGCAAUAUCACCAAACCGGACAUGUACCUAGUCAGAGUGGGCAUGCCUAGUGGGUCAUCGGUUGCGUUUGCCAAAGCUCAUGUGCGAGAGAUCCUUCGACGAGAGUUCAACCGUUCGGUGGAGCUCCAGGUCCUCAAAGCCCCGCCCAAUUUCAUCUUCCGGGCAGUUUCCGGUCCACUGGUGUACACUGCUAUCUCUGUUAUUAAUGCUCUCCGCCAAUCAGUGCACAGCACUUCCUCUUCUUCCAUUCUGUCCGUCACAACUAUAUAUGCAGUGCCUGAUUACAAACAUCAGGUCCACACAGUGCUGCAGUUUGUACCAAGUCAUGUGGAUGUGCGUUUGUGUAGCUUCAGCGAGCGUGUAGAGAAGGGGCUACUCAUGGCGUACACGGAAGUACGCAAACGCUCACAAGAAAAUGGAAAUUUCACAGUUCAUAUUGUGAAUAUCACUAGUAGCCUUCCUAAGGGUCAGCGGCAGCAGAAGGCACCGGUGGACAUCACUUUUGCUGUGCGUGAUUCUCAAGGCUUCCUAACAGGGUCAGAUGUGAGUGGUCACAUGAGGCAGCUCAGCGCUGUGGAGUUCAGCUUCUACCUUGGGUUUCCUACACUGCAGAUCGCUGAGCCUUUUCAUUAUCCUGAACUGAAUGUGUCCCACCUGUUACGCACAUCCUGGGUGAAGACAGUGUUAUUGGGUGUGUUGGACCAGCGUGUGAACGAGAGGACCUUCCAGGCCAAAAUGGAGAGGCGAAUAGCACUGCUGGUUGGAGAGGGACUUGGGAUCGGGGUUAGCAGUCGACGAUGGAGAAGAGCUACUAGUAUUGGCAACAACAGUGUACAGAUCGUGCGGACGUCCCGUCUGGAUGGCCCGGACUACCCGCUGGAGCUGGUGUAUUUUGUGGAAGCGGGGUCAGGUGAGAGGCUGCCAGCCCAGGCCACUGCAGCCAUGCUCAACAGACUGAACCUGCAGAGAGCCGCCAUCAUACUGGGCUACAAAGUACAUGGAAUUCUGGCCACACCGGUGGAGAAGCUUGCCCUGCCGCCCUCUGAGACUCAGCCCAGUAACGUGUGGCUGAUUGUAGGAGUUGUGGUCCCAGUUCUUGUGGUCAUCCUCAUCAUCAUCAUCCUCUACUGGAAACUGUGCCGCUCUGAAAAACUUGAGUUUCAGCCAGACGCCAUGAGCACCAUCCAGCAGAGACAGAAGUUGCAGCCUCCCAGUGUUAAAGGCUUUGAUUUUGCUAAACUACACCUGGGGCAGCAUAGUAAGGAUGACAUCAUGAUAAUCCAAGAACCCGCCCCUUUGCCGCCACCUGUUAAAGAGGCCACGCCCUCAGAGGGCGGAGAAUUGAACACUCCUAAAUCAAAGAGCUCUUCUACAAAAGCAUCCCGUGCAGCACGGAGAAGAGGCAGGUUGUCUCCAUCUGAUGGAGAUUCGUUAGGAAGUGAAGCCUCCAGCGGUAGAGAAUCAGCAGAGGAAAGCACCAGACCUGCUGUGACGCCAAGUGACAGCAAACCUCAACAUCGCAAGAGCAAGCAUUCAAAAAACAAACUUGGUGCUCAAGCUGGAAGUAGUGUGGAUGAGCAGUUGUCCUCGUCGUCCAUAUUUGAGCAUGUGGACCGCCUCUCUCGAGGUUCAUCAGAUGGAACGCGCAGAGUCUCCAAUAAGAUACAGCUCAUCGCCAUGCAGCCCAUGCCAAGCCCUCCCUCACAUCCACAUAACCAGGCCCUGAGUCCCAACCUGACAGACAACAUGCCUGACGGAACAAAGGUCAACAGUGAGAUCCAAGUGGCCUUAAGGCAUAAAUCCGAGAUCGAACACCAUCGCAAUAAGAUCCGCCUGCGUGCGAAGAGAAAGGGCCACUACGAGUUCCCCUCCAUGGAGGACAUCAUGGCAGCGUUCUGCGACAGCUCCGAACAGCAGCGAGUGUAUCAACAAGCUCAGGAACAGAUACACAAGAUCCUGCAUCCUGAAGAACACACACCUUCAUCGUACAGAGAGCCACGCAAAAGUUCCAAAGGAAGACGCUCUCCCAGACACAGACAAAGACAGAAUUUGAGUGGAAGCGGAAGUCUGAGAGACAAAGAUCGGCUGAUUUCCGAAGGAGAUGCUACGUACAGGAAGUACCCCGGGGUCAACAACGUGGCCUAUGUGUCUGAUGCAGAUCAGCUCCCAGAUGCAGGAAGCCCUUCUCCUACUGAUGAGGUGUUUUUAGACCCUGGAUCGCCGCCGUCUGGCCACGCCCCUGCCCCGCCCAGCUACGUCCCUCCUCAGCCAACCAUAGAAGAAGCCCGGCAACAGAUGCACUCCUUAUUGGAUGACGCGUUUGCUCUGGUCUCACCUUCUUCUCAAGGAAGCUCUGCUCCUCUAACAUUCACUGGCGUUACGGCGGUCACUGGUGUCGGAGGAAUCAGCCCCGGUCAACCCUCCAGCCCAUCCUCACGUCCUUCACGCCAAUGGGGCUCCUCUUCUUACCCAGCAGCCCCUAUACACAGUCCUUUCUCUGCGAGGUAUGCCGAGUUAGGAAUGUCUCCCACAUCGGUUCAAGGUUUACUGCAGAGGCAGGCGCAGGGCUCUGGAUAUGUGGUGUCAGCAGAGAUGCAGUCAGAUCCUGGAUACUCCAGCAGGGGGCAGUAUGGAGAAGAGAUGCCAUCGUCUUCUCGGCCACGACCAGUAGGGGGCAGCACAGGUGCACAAUUGCAUCAGCUGACACAAGUGGGCUUGUCAAGUCGGAUUGGACUGUAUCCUGGAGUUGGCCGUAGUGUAUCUGGACCUUCAGGAUCAAGCUGGGCCCAGUACCGCUCAGAUGAGGAGAUUUCCAGACCAGGAUCCAACCGAGAGGCUAUACUGACAUUCCAAGAGUACUCUUCAUCACCAGUGUUCCAGAUGCCCAGGACGACCCUGCAGGAUCCCCCAACAUCCCAAGGUCACCUGGAAGCCUCGAGCGCGGGGUACAUUGCCCCUGACGAGCGUUCUCCACCCCCCCAAUCCUCUGCCUCUCUCAUCAAGGCUAUCAGGGAAGAACUCCAGAGACUUUCUCAGAAACAGGCUGCUGUUGUCAGCUACCAGAGUUGAGAAAGACCAUCCCAAAAACCCCAGCCCUGGUUAACUUCCCGAUGUACCACAUAAACAAACUCACAAAUCCCAACACAGCUCCAUAGCUGAGAAGCUGCUUUACACAAAAUCUGAACCAAAAUCUUCAAAUUCAAGUACGGCUGGUCUGUUACAUAUGAAGAAUUACUCGCAAUCUUCCAUAUUGGUAUUGCCAAGACAUCCAUAUUUAAAUUCCACUGCUGACAUGCAGAAAAUAAACUUAAAUACUCUCUCCUAUAAUUCACAAAGAAAAAAAAAACUCAUGUCCAGACUGUUUAGAAAAAUAGACAAAGUUUCCUCAUAUUCAGACUCUCAAUUUGCAUGCUGAGAGCUGUGAACCUUCAAGACUUCGUACUGACUGUUGUUAAUGUGAAAAUCCCUCCCCUUCAGUUCCAUGGCUCUCAAAGUGCUUCCUCCAAAUGGGUCAUCUUCAUGUCUCUGGACUUCCUCUGGUGCUAAACAUCAUUUCUGGGCUCCGCCACGAUACCACAAUUCAUCCCUGCCCAAAACCUUUCCUUUUCCUGUUCUCCCAAUUAUCCAAGACGGCAUAUCAAGUGGAAAUGUGCUCUGUUCCAAAACCUAGUGAGCUGCUCGAUGUGAAAUCUGUUCCAAAGGUUAGUCAACUGAAUUAUGUUCACUUAAAAGAUACUUAAAUAUGUUUUAACCAAAAAGUUAUAUUUCAUUUAAUAAUAUUCAUUAAAACUAUAUAUUAUUUUGCCCAACAUUUGUGAGUUUUAUGUAUUUUUAUACUUAUUUGAAUAUAAUGCUGUUAGUUUAGCAACAUGCUAAUGUCAAACCCUGCCUGGGGCAAGAAAAAUGUUGAUUAUAAAUUUAUAUUUAAUUCGAUAAUGUUCAUAAAACCAACGUGUGAGAUUUAUUUAGGUUUGUACUUAUUAGAAUCUCAUCUCAUUAGCUUAGAAACAUGCUAAUGUCAAAAUUUGGAUGGGACAAGAAAAAUGUUGAUUAUAUUUGAUAAACUAUAUUUAAUUCGAUAACAAUCAGAAAAACUUAAAAUGUGUUAUUGUACCCAAGAUUUGCAAGUACUAUAUAUUUUACUUAACCCUAUUAGAACAUCACACCGUUAGCUUAGCAAAAUGCUAAUGUAAAACUCUAGACAGAGCCAGAGAAAUUACGAUUAAAAAGUAAUAAUUUAUCCAAUAACAUAAAUUUUAAAUUUGUACCCAACAUUUCUGAGUAUUUCUAUACUAAUUAGAGUAUUACACCACUAGCUUAGCAACAUGCAAUUGAAAUCAAUUGCAAAAUCGAGUCUGUUUGUGUUGCUGCCUAUAUAGUGAGUUUAAAAUAAGCCACUUAUUAGGUUCCAUGACACUGUCUUUGUAGACAGUGCUGUAGCUCACUAGGUUUUUGAACAGAGCUAAUAUCUGUCACGGUCUUCGGGUCUUGCCUUACAUUUGAGCUCUGGGUACUCUAGACUCUGCGGGGGAGGGAAGAAGAGUUUUUGCUGGCAUCAUAAACAGUGAAGUGAGUUUUUGAGUCAGCCCACAUGUGGAGAUGAUUGACAUGCGGCCUCAGCUGCUGACCAGCAUGGUUCCCAUGCCGAUAACAUCAUAUUAUUUUGUCCAACCCGUCUGCAUCUGAGGAGAGGUAUCAAAGCAAGCAUUCACGAUGCCCGUGUUUAUUCUUUUAAGCUCUUUUUGCAAGUGGGAUUUGAAUGUCGGCUGUCCAAUCAGUUCUUUUAAAGUAUGGCUGAGGUAGUUUCUCAGUUUACAGAUAUUAAUUUUGCACAUUUUCUCAUCUUUGCACAUUCAUAUCAUUAUGAUGAUGGAAGUCAAUCAGUUAAAGAGUUUAUUGUGGAAAAGAGAGACAACUAUACAGUAACUAUAUAAAGAAAGAUAAAAGUGAGUUCAUAUACAAAUAUAUAUAUAUAUAUAUUGCAUAUUGAUGUAUCAACUCAUUGAGCACAAUCUGAUUAUAUGUUAGAUUAUAUGUUAAGCAUAUUAGAAUGUAUUUAUUUUUUAUUGUUAUGAAAGUAUUACGUAUUAAAGAUGUGGGGAAAGUGUUGCUAUGGGACUUUAAAAAAAAAAAAAGACCAAAUCACUGUUGAGGCAUAUAGUUCAUUUAGCUUCGUAAUUCGGUAGACAUUUUCAAUGUAUUUUCAUGUAUUUGGUCAUGUAGAUUUGCACAGAGGUAUUGUAACGAUUCCUAUAAGGAAAUGUGUUGAGGAUAAAGGCCUUGAUCAAUAUUCUGUUUUAAUUGUUUAUCCUAUUUUUAUUAAUCUCUUUAUUUUUUAGGUUAGAUUUUUUUUUCUUAUUUCUCCAUUUUUAUUUUUUUUCCAUACUGAAUUUCCACAACUGGAAAUAUCAUUGAAAAUUUGUUUUUAAGCUUGAAAAUGCUCAUUAAAAGAUCAAAUCUGAUGUAAUUAAUAUAAUAUUUUCUAGAGUCCUACAAGAUAUUUCAUUAACUUUAAAUUGCUUUUUGCGAGUGCAAUAAAAUUUUAAAAAUGCAUAUCCAAUAAUGACAAAUGACUUGAAAAGUCCUGGAACAAAGAGUUGUGGAAACCCGUUUCUUUCUUCUUCUUUUUUUUCUUUCUUCCUCACAUUAAUAUUUCUCUUUUCUUGCAUCUAUAAUUUUCCUUCCUUCGUUCUUUCUGUUGUUCUAUCGAUCAUGUAGACUCCUGGAAGGCCUUGAAUCGGGAUGCAUGUGAAGUAAUGGAUUAUGCUUUAUUUCUUCCUUGUUUAUUUUGUGUGCUAAUGUCUUGAUGGGCAUGCUAAUAGUCUAAAAAUAUUGAAAAAUACAAACAAGCUUGAUAGAAUUUAGUCUACUUUGAAAGACUACUAUUUAAUGGUUUAUGAGACUAAAAACCAAUGGUCAAAGCACAGAGAAACCAUUCUGAUCAUCAUCAAAAAAAAAGAAGAAGAAAUUUUCAGUAUUUUGUCAUUUAUAAACCUGAAUAAUAUUUUUGAAAGUAUUUGAAAAUCAAUAUUUAUGACUAAAAUAUAUCAUAUAAAAAGAGUAUUAAUAUGUAAACGGACAUUUCUCCAUAUUUAAAUAUUCAGUAUGUAGUCUACAGUUGAUCAGUAAGAGGCAAUCAUCAUUGGUAGACUCCCUUUCUCGCUGUGCAAAGACCAACUGGGAAUUUUUAUUUUAUUUUAUUUUUUUAUUUUUUGUUUAAUUUUGCUGAUUUCGUGAACUGUAUGCAUUCAUAAAAGACUAGGUUGAGAAUAUGUGUAAUAUUUACAGUCAUUUUAUUAACAUGGUGCUACUCAACAUGUAUGUAUGCGUGUGUGUGUGUGUGAGUGUGUGUGUGUGUGUGUGUGUGUGUGUGUGUGUGUGUGUGUGUGUGUGUGUGUGUGUGUGUGUGUGU